UUUUAAUAAUCUGAAAAACCACUCUGAACCUUAAACCCUUGUCUUCGUCUUCCUUCCCUUCAGUUGCGCCCCCGUUCUGCAAAACUCAAUAACCAUAUCUUUUCCCCCAAUUCCGAACCCUAGAUUUGAAAAAAGCAUUUGAAUUUAGGUUUCAAAAUGGGUAGUAAAUCUGCGAAAAAAUCGAAAAUAAUGCAAAAAAGUGACAGUGAUUUGGAUGAAUUCGAUGAUGAUAUGUCCUAUGAAGAGGUUAAUGAUGAUAGUGAAGUGGAGGAGGAGGAAGAAGAAGAAAAUGGACAAGAUGGUGGAACAGAUGAGGAAGAAGAAGAUGGCGAGGAUGAGGGAAGUGACGAGGAAGGAGAAGAAGAUGGAGAGGAUGAGGGAAGUGAUGAGGAAGAAGAAGAAAAUGGGAGAGAAGAGAAAAGUGAAUGGAAAAAUGAUGAGAUGGAAGAGCUGGAGGAAGAGUUAAGGGAACUUCAACAGAAGGAGCAGGAAUUAAACACUUUGAAGAACUUGAAACAUUAUAAGGAUGAAGAUUUCCUGAAAGGACAAGCUGUGAAAAGCCAGAAGGCCCUCUGGUACAAAAUUCUUGAGCUUAGAUUCUUACUUCAGAAGCCAUUCUCAAGUUCAAAUAGGCUACCCCAGGAAUUGAUAAAAGCUUCAUUCUGUGAAUCAGAUGAGACAGUUAGAGUUGCAUAUGCAGAUUUGAUAACUUCGUCCAAGGAGACUUUGGAUUCUAUUUUGGAACUGCAAGAGGCUCUGAUCGCAAAGAAUCCAUCAGUUACCCAAACCAUUAAUGGUUCAGAAAGGUCAUCAAAAGAUUUAGAAGUUUCUAAUGAUUUGGAUGAUAAUCUUGACAAAGAGUGGUCACAGAUUUCUCGGAUGCACAACAGUAUGGCAGCUUUCAGAGACAAGUCCAUCAAUAAAUGGCAGAGGAUGACCCAAGUGACAACCGGUGCUGCUGCAAUUAAAGGAAAAUUGCAUGCUUUUAAUCAGGAUAUUAGCCAUCAAGUUGCUGCUUAUAUGAGAGAUCCCAGUAGAAUGAUCAGGCAGAUGCAACUGAGAAGAUCAGCCGUUAAGAUAUUAGGAUCAGCUGCAGAGGUUAAUAAUAGCUCCAAUGAAGAGGAAACACAUGCUGACGGUGAUCCUGAACUGCUGGACGAUUCUGAAUUUUAUCAGCAAUUAUUGAAAGAAUUUUUUGAGACUGUUGAUCCUUCAUCAUCUGAGAAAGCAUUCUAUGCCUUGAAAAGAAUGCAAACUAAAAAAAGAAAAAUCGUUGAUCGACGGGCCUCAAAAAGUCGCAAGAUAAGGUAUAAUGUUCAUGAAAAGAUAGUAAACUUUAUGGCUCCUCAACCCGCAAAUAUUCCUGCGAUGGCUCCAAUGCUAUUUGAGGAUCUGUUUGGAUUGAAGUCUCAAAGAUCAUCAUCUGCUGCUGCCUCAUAGUCAUGGUUGGUCAACAGACAUAAAGUAUUUCUCUAUUUCUUAGUAUGUGUUGUACUAAUUAGUCUCCAACAUGAAGUUGAUUAUUGAGGAAUUUAACUAUUCACCUUAGGAGCCAGUUUUGCUGUAAAUCUAUUUGGAAAUAGACAUGAAAUAUACAAUUUUCUCACCUUAAGCUUAAGCAGUUGCAUGUUGUACUCAGCCAUCAAUUUGAAAUCAGAUGGUUUAUAUUACACAAUUAUAAAAUCAGUUAAAAC